AUGCGCGGUAGCGCGCUGCACAGCACCGGCUUCAUCACUGCCUCAGAAUCACGAGAAGCCGAGUCACGCUCUCAGAGUCUUUCAGCGGAGUUAACAGGUGCUCCGCUCUUGCAUCCUUCUAGCUUCUAUGACGUGCCUGUCUUGAACUGGACUGUUGAGGUCCAGCAUCAUGCGUCGAACGCUGAAUCCAGCCCUAGCAGCAAGUUUCAACACACAAAUGUGAAGGAACAAAACGGAGUGCAGGAUUCCCAGCAUGAGAAAGUUCUCACAGUGUCAGGACCUGGAAGCAUUCACAGCCCAGACUUUCCCCAUACCUACCCUCGCAACAAAGUUCUGGUCUGGAGACUCGUGGCUGCACAAGGAAACAUGCGGAUACAAUUAACCUUCGAUGAAAAAUUUGGGCUGGAGGACCCAGAAGAUGGCAUAUGCAAGUAUGACUUUGUAGAGAUUGAGGAGCCUACUGAAGGGACGAUACUGGGCCGAUGGUGCGGAUCUCAGCCAAUACCAGAAACCCAGGUGUCCAAAGGGAGCCAGAUCAGGAUACGCUUUACAUCAGAUGAAUACUUCCCAUCAGAGCCAGGAUUCUGCAUUCGCUAUUCCCUGCUCCCAGUGAAAGUUCCAGAAUCAGAAAGACCGGAGGUUCUGCCACCAUCUCUGCAGACUGUGGACAUGCUAACUGAGGCGGUGUCUGGCUUCAACACGGUGGAGGAAGUUAUGAAAUACUUGGAGCCUGACAGCUGGAAGCUGGAUAUGGAGGACUUGUACAAGCCAACAUGGCAUGUGCUCGGAAAGUCAUACAUCCAUUCCAAGAAAUCCCGAGGAGGGGUGGAUCUGAAUCUGCUGAAAGAAGAGGUGAGGCUCUACAGCUGCACCCCACGCAACUUCUCGGUGUCCCUACGCGAGGAGCUGAAGAGGACCGACUCCAUCUUCUGGCCCAACUGCCUCCUGGUCAAGCGGUGUGGCGGGAACUGUGCCUGCUGCCAUGGCUGCUUCAGCUGCCAGUGCGUUCCCACCAAAGUCACCAAAAAAUUCCACGAGGUUCUCCUACUGAGGUACAGGAGCGGGGGCAGAGGCCUGCAGAAGUCUCUGACAGACGUAGCCCUGGAACACCAUGACGAGUGCAGCUGUCAGUGCAAAGACGAUUCGGACGGAUAGAGGGGCACGCCAGCACGCCUCGCUUCGAAGGGCACUUAAAUAGAGAGGUGCGGUAGCAACGGCUAGCUUUCCGUCAUCUCCGCCACAAAUUUACGGAUGAUUAAAGAACAGGGUGCGCUCAUGCCAGCUGUCCAGUCGUUGUCAGGUUGAACUGGGACUCGUGGACAAUCCAGUUACUGUGGAGUGCCUGGACUGUUUUUUUUCUCUUUUCUUGUUUUUCUGUUUUUUUGUGCAUUCCAGAGAGAGGAGGCUGACAGCAUGAAUUGGAAAGGAACUGUUAAUUAUUUGCUCUUUUAUAUCACCGAAAGGCUUUCUCUUGUUUUCAGCAGCUAGAGGUGCAAGCCGGUACAAAUUCAACAGCGAGGUCGUUCUCCUGCCUCGGUGGCAGUGAUAGUUCCAUUCCCCCCCCCCCCCGCCUGCUGUUUUUGUUGUUGUUUUUCCCUGAAACUAUUUUUACUAUUUUUUUUAUCAUAAUGCGUGGCACUGGAGUGUCUUUGAAAAGGAUUUUUUUUGUGUUUUAUUUUUCUCUUUUUAAUGAAGCACAGCAGAGCCUCCCCCGGUCUGGCCUCUGGUGCUUCUUCAUGGCCUUACACAAUGGGGAGCGGAGCGGCCUUUCGACCGGAGACGUUCUGCAUCUGCCGCAAAUUAAAUCACUGUAUUACCGUUCAUUUUGUAGACAUUUAUGCUAAUUCAGAAGCAUCCUUUCCUUUUUAAAUGUUAUUUUUAGCUAGAUACUCCAUACAUGUCUUAUUUUGUAGUGUGUUCACCUGUCCCCCCACCCCCCCCCCAGCCUUGUUAUAUAUUUUUUACCAAAGUUAUUUAACAUUACUUGUUCUGUCUUAGCUUUUCUUUUUUUUCUCUGUAUGUUGUUGGUUUUUUACCUGUUCUGUGUCAUUGAAAAUAAAAAUCUUGAGAUAAAAGAGAAA